UUUGAAAAAGGUUUUGGAGGUUGUGUUGAAAAGUGAGCUAUGUUAGCCACCAAGUCCGUUAGAACUUUACUGCACAGAGUGUGCCGGGUCGCUGUAAACCAACGAUGUCUAUCCAGCAUAUCAGGAAGUUUGCAAGUGGGUGAUCCUAUCCAACAGUCAUUUGUUGCCAGACUACGGGAGUAUCGUCAGAAGAGCGAGAAAUCUGAGUUCGGAUUAACAGAUGCUUCAUCUAAAGAAAUAAAAGAGCUUAGUGAAAUGCUGGCUAAGGUCGAUAGAAUAUACGAAGCGGAAGGAGAGGAUAUGACUCAGUUUCCUAUGUUCAAAUUCGAAGAACCCAAGGUUGUUAUACCGGCAUCUUCUCUACAUGUUGAGUAUCCUAAAGAACCGGAGAAUAAUGUUGAAGUUUAAAACACUUUGUAGUGCUCUACUAAUUACUAUCGCUACAUCUAGUUGAUUAUCUGCACGAAA